UCUCUUGCCAUUCCACCCAGCCUUACCAUCCGGGUGGGUGCUGAGUGCAUGCGUGCGUGUGCGUGUGUGUCUGUCUCGACCCAGGUGCCAAGGUCUGAGGGGAAGGAAGACCAGUGCUAGACAGUGCAGCGUCAGGAGAGGAAGCCGGGUCACUGAAGGAGCACCGUCAGGCAUGGCCCAACACUAACAGGGGUCCCCGCAGACAGACAGAAACAUACGGAGGAAGAGAGACACGCCUGCCUGCGGAGAGGGAGCAGUGAUAAGGAACAAUGGUGGCCGAAGAGAUUGUGGUUACCCUGUCGGGGGGCGCACCUUGGGGUUUUCGACUACAGGGUGGCGCUGAGCAUAAGAAACCCCUACAAGUAGCUAAGGUGCGGAGGCGGAGCAAGGCGUGCAGGGCGGGGCUUCGCGAGGCGGACGAGCUGCUGUCCAUCAACGAUAAACUGUGCGGAGGGCUGUCCCACGCGCAGGCCAUGAGCCUGAUCGACGGCGGACCGGGAACUCUGCACAUACGCGUGAAGAGGGCCCCGUCGGGCUUCCAGUCCGUGGUGCUGCUCACCCGAUCCCCCUCGCCCCGAAUUGACAAGGAGUACCGCGCGGCGGUGAGGGAGGUCCGCCGGGGGGCGCUGAUGUCCCCGACGGGCCGGGACGACCCGCCCAGGCGCGAGUCGGUGACGUCGCCGCCGGACAGCGAGGCCUACUACGGCGAGACAGACAGCGACGCCGACACGGCCCACGAGCGGCAGCGGCGGCAGAAGAGGCGGAGCCCCAGCGGCUCGCCCGCCAAGAUGGGCGGCGGGAAGUCGUCGCCGGAGGAGACCUCGGAGAUGAGCGGCUACGAGAGCGCGCCCGACGCCCCGGCCUACCCCGACGCCUCGCCGCCGCAGCAGGGCAGCCCGCCGGGCGUCGCCCGCCGGGAGGUGAUCUACCAGCCCCCGCGCGCCGACAACUCGCCCGAGAACUCGUCCUCCAGCCUGGACGACCAGAGCCCCGCCGAAGGGCCGGGGCCCAACGAGGUGGACAGCGGCUUCCAGGAGCCGCCCAGCCUGCCCCCGCUGGUCUCGCCCGACCGCGCCAAGGAGGCCCUCCUCCUGGCGUCCCGCGGGCAGCUGGUGCCCAUGGUGGGGCCCGUGGACAACCCGGUGGCCGAGGAGCUGACCGUGACCUACAUGGACAAAGCCAAACAAGCCAAACUACACAGAGGCGAGAGCGUGCAGGAGAAGCAGGUGAAGGAGGCCCGGUCCAGGUGCCGCAGUAUCGCAGCCCUGCUGACCGACGCGCCCAACCCGCACUCCAAGGGCGUGCUCAUGUUCAAGAAGCGGAGGCAGCGCGCCAAGAAGUACACGCUCACCUGCUUCGGCAGCGUGGAGGGAGCGUCCAGCCAGGACGGCACCACCGAGGAGGAGGACGACGAGGAGGAGGAGGGCGUCUUCCCGGGCAGCGAGUCGGAGCUGGACGAGGACGGCUUCACCUCGGCCCCCGAGUCGGCCUGGGACAGCGACUACCUGGACAUCCUGGAGAGGAAGACCCCCGCGGCGGGCUGCGGGGAGACGGAGAGCCCGGGGCUGAACGCCACCUCCGGGAAGGGCGCCCAGCUUUUCGAGCAGCAGAGGAGGAGGGGGCAGGAGCGCGCCGCGGCGGCGGAGGCGGCAGCGGCGGAGGUCGCGCCCGUAUCGACGUACGCGGAGCAGGCGCCCCCCCUGCAGGGUCUGAGCCCCACCGCGCCCACCGUGCCCGCCACUCCCAGCAUGCCCGCCUUGCCUACCGCGCCCGCGGCGCCCGUGAACUACAGCGUGAUGAACGGGGACUGCACCGUGGUGAGCCGGGCCAGCGUGGUGAUGUCGCCGCCCGUGGUGAACGGCGGAGGGGCGGGGCCGCCCGGCUCCGUGCUCAACAGGACCGCCCAGCCCUUCGCCGCCGGGUUCGUCAGCCACAGGGCCGCCACCACGCCCGUGGUGUUCCGCCCCGGCCCGCCCAAGAAGGGCCCCCCCGCGCAGCCCGCGGCAGCCGCCCGGGCCACGCCCCUCCCCUUCUCCCCGCCUCCCUCGGAGGUGAAGCGGGCCGUCUCCACCACCUCUCUCUACAUCCCGCCCAGACCUGCCCCCAGGAACGCCCCGCCCUCCAUGCUCUCCCCUCCUUCCUCUGUAGCUGCUGCUCCCUACUCUCCAUUCUAUCCAUCUUCUGCCCCUGCGACUCCCUUCUCUCGCCCACCUCUGCCCGCCCCAUCCUCAUGUAACCCUCCGGCGCAAGCCACGCCCAUUUCUCCGCCUCCCGCACAGGCUGCGUCCUUCCAUCCUCCUCCUGCUCAAGCCACGCCCUUUUCUCCGCCUCCCGCGCAGGCUGCGUCCUUCCAUCCUCCUCCUGCCCAAGCCACGCCCUUUUCUCCGCCUCCCGCACAGGCUGCGUCCUUCCAUCCUCCUCCUGCCCAAGCCACGCCCUUUUCUCCACCUCCCGCACAGGCUGCGUCCUUCUAUUCUCCUCCUGCCCAAGCCACGCCCUUUUAUCCACCUCCUGUACAAGCCACUCCCCUUUCUCCACCUGCUCCGCGGGCCACAUCUGUCUAUCUUCCUCCUGCUCGAGUCACACCCUUUUCUCCACCUCCUGCCCAAGUCAUGCCAUUUUCUCCACCUCCAGCUCAACCCAUGCCAUUUUCUCCACCUCCAGGCCAAGUCAUGCCAUUUUCUCCACCUCCAGCCCAAGUCAUGCCAUUUUCUCCACCUCCAGCCCAAGUCAUGCCAUUUUCUCCACCUCCUACCCAACCCACGCCAUUUUCUACACCUCCUACCCAACCCACACCAUAUUCUACACCUCCUGCCCAAGCCAUAACCUUUUCUCAACCUCCUGUACAAGCCAUGCCCUUCUCUCCACCUCCUACACACACCACAUCUUACUAUCCACCUCAUACACAAACUCCUGCUUCCCCAUAUUCUACACAAGCUAUACCCUUUUCCCCACUUCCUGUUCAAGCCAUCUCUCUCACCUUGGCUCCUGCACCAGUCACCGCCUUCCCUCCACCUCCUGCACCACCCACAACCUGUCCCACUCCCACAUCAGCCACGCCCUUUUCUCCAUCUUCUACCCCUGUGGGUCCCCUCUCUCCCCCGGCCUUCUCUCCCCCUGCCCACCAGCCCUGCGCCGUAGCGAUCGCUCCCCCGCCAACGCCGAAGGUGUCCUUCAACCCGUACGUCGCCGUGGCCACCACCACCCCCUCGCCCCCCGUCUCGGCCACUCCCGCCCCCACUCCCGUCCCCACGCAGUGCCCCGCCGCCGCCAACUCCGCCGAGGCCCUGGCGUCCCGCGAGCAGAGGAUCUCCGUGCCCGCCGCCCGCACCGGCAUCCUGCAGGAGGCCCGUCGCCGCGGCAGCAAGAAGCCCAUGUUCAGCGCCCCCGAGGAGAAGAAGCAGAACUCGCCCAACCCCGAGCUGCUGUCGCUGGUGCAGAACCUGGACGAGAAGCCCCGGGCGGGGGCGGGGGCGGAGCCCGGGUUCGAGUCCGGCCCCGAGGAGGACUUCCUCAACCUGGGGGCGGAGGCCUGCAACUUCAUGCAGGUCCACAAGAGCAGGCUGCCGCCACCGGUGGCCCCCAAGCCCCACGCGGCCCCCGAGGGGCCCCAGAUCCCCCAGAUGGGAGGCAAGGGGGCGGAGCUGUUCGCGCGGAGGCAGAGCCGCAUGGACAGGUACGUGGUGGACAGGACGGCCCCCGCCGCCAAUCUCGCCGUGCCGCCGGGGCAACCCCGCCUCCCGUCGCCCACCCCCUCCCUCCCGUCUCACUGGAAGUACUCGCCCAACAUUCGCGCCCCCCCUCCCAUCAGCUACAACCCCCUGCUGUCCCCGUCCUGUCCACCGGGGGCUCAGCGCGGCACGAAGGCGUCCCAGACCGCCAAAGUCGCCAAGAAGAGGGACGCGCAGAAGCAGCCCCCCAAGCCCAUGGACGUCAUGAGCCGGCAACCCUACCAGCUCAACUCCGCCAUGUUCACUUACGGGGGCGGCGGAACGCCCGCGCCGGGCAACCACCAAUCGCAGAGCAUCUCCCUGAGCGCGCCCAAGCAGAUCCCCGUCAAGGCCGCCCGCGUCUACAACAUCAAGCGCUUCUCCACGCCCACGCCCAUGUCCGCGCCGGCGUCCCUCAGCCCCGCCGUGAUCGCGCCCCGGUCCGCCACCACCCUCGGGGAGCCCCUGUGGCGCCCCGACGUCGUCUCCCCGCCCCCCGCCCCCCUCUCGCCUCCGCCGCCCGCCCCCACGGGCGCCCUGCCGGAGCUGCCCAGGAUCUACUCCGCCCCCGUCCCGAACCCCGCCCCCGCCCCCGCCCCCGCCCCGCCCCCCGGCUCGGCCUACGCCCCGCUCCAGAACGGCAGGCAGUGGUUUAAGAGCGCCCCGGAGCUGAGCCCCCUGUGCUCGGCUGUUUCGGGCAGCUCCCUGUCCGUCAGGGUGCCCAGGCCCCGCUUCAGCACCUCCAGCAUGGGCAUCCAGGCCAACGUGUGGAGGCCGGGCUCCGUGCACUACUGAGGGGGGCCACGCCCCGCCCGCGCCCGCUCUGCUACGCCCUCCCUCGCCCUGCCUCGCCCUUACUCGAGGGCCACGCCCUAUGCUACCCCCUCCGCCCUGACCUGCCCCAGCCACCCUGCCCUACCCUGGCCUGCUCCGCCCUGCCCCACCCAACCACCCUGCCUUGCCGUCCCUGCCCUGCCCCGGCCUUACCCUGGCCCGCCGUACCCUGUUCCAUUCUACCCUGCCCCACCCCAUCCCACCCCACCCUGCCCCUUCCUGCUCCAUCCUACCCUUUGCCUGCCCUGAUCCACCCUGCCCCAUAAUGAAGCCCAUUCUCUUCCACCGCUGAGUUUGUCUCCUGUCUGUGGUGGAGCUUUGCUAAACAGCAGCUUUGCAAACCCCACUGUAGUCCAUAACUGUACAUUACAUAGUUUGCUUGGUUUCAGUGACAUUAACAGAUGGGGAUUCGCACUCCUCCAACAUCCCAACAAACAAGAUAUAGGGCAUUAUGUUUUAUUGGGAGAGAAAUAUUUUAACUAUACAUGACAUCAGAAUGGUUUUUUUCCCUGACAGAACCGAGCAAUUGUGGGUUUCGUCUUCUGUUUUCUACAUCAUACACAAAUUGAAGCAGAUAUUAAAAUGGUCAUAAAGAUGCAUAUAUUUAUGUGCUUGUUGGCUGGAGUGCAGCUUGCUGCUUCCUAGGUGUGGCUGGUAUCUUUGUGGGGCCUUAUAGAAUCCAGCCUUGGUUAUUUUCUUUGUGAAUUUCAAGUUUUUUUCACCUGUUAAAGGCCUAUCUUUAAAUAAGUGUGUGCUCUGUUUUCAAACACUUGUGCGGUACACCUAAAACCUUGCAAGAGCCAAUCAGCACCUUACCCAUUUCAGUUCAAUGUUCAGCUGAACUCAGAUACAAAACUACAUAUAUAUAAAAUACUACCUGACUGUGGUGUACAGAGCUAACUACUAGCUUCAUUGUAUAUCCAAGGCAGUUAACAUCAACAAUCUGGGUAGUAUGCAUUAAGUUGGUAUAAAAACAGCAUGUUUGAAAUUUUAACUUGGGGCUUUGUGGGCAGGUAUUUAAUAGGACAUUUUGGGAUGAAGUCUAUUUUGUAAAGGAAAUUUGUUGUUGGUACGGGGCAGGCUUGAACAGUGCAGGUCAUUUUCACAGAAAUGGUGCCCUUCUGGUGCACAAGCAAUGACCUUUGAACUUCUAAUGUGCGGAGUAGCAUUGUGGGAACGGAAACAUUUUGGGCCAUGCAAAACGGUUCCAAUCACAAAGAUUUCGCAGGUUCGGGCUAUCGCCACAGUCUCUGCUCCCUAUUGGACACAGUCACCGAAAGCAAGCAAGCGACUUGGAGUACACGGGACCUGUUCAAGUGAGAUCUGCACACAGAAAUGAGGAAAAACCAGACCGCGGUGCAACCGUGCUUGGAGCCCGUAUGGACUGAGUGAAGGAUUCAGGGCUAGGGUGGCUGUGGCAGGGCAGGGGUUCCGUUUUGGGUGACGUCACCUGCUCACAUUGGGUUUCCCUCGAGAAGUGCUUCCCACUUGAGUCCGAGUUGGUCAGGGAUCACGCUUUUUUCACCGGCUGUGAAAUCGAGGCACUCCUCUCCGCUCCGCACAUGUUUGGGGGGUCGCUGCAGAGGAAGCGUGAAACUCAGAUGUGUGCCUAAAAAUGUGUGUGUGCGAGUUUCUAUUUCACGUGCAAUGUAGAGAACGACGUUAGAGCAAUCAUAUUAAUAUAACACAGAUAGAAAGGAGAAUACACUGUGCACAAUGGUGAUGUGGUAAAUGUAGUGUGUGUGUGUGUGUGUGUCCCCGGCUCUGGCUUACAUUGUGUGUUUAAAAUGCAAUAAAGGCUCCUGGCGUGAGCAGCUGUCUGACUGAAGCCAUCGUGGCGUGACACUGAAAGCUUUUACAUUUUAGCUAAAUCACUCAAACGUAGGGUGUGGAUGUCUAUUGUGCUUUAUGUCUACUGAACGAAGGACGAGGACGAUUUGAGCAAUUUAAAGACGAAAAGAAACGUAGUCUUCGGCGAGACAAUGAGAAGGGUAAGAAAUGGGAAGCCAAGGCAAAUGCUGAGGGAAGUGCAAAGAAUCGUGCGGCCGCUUUGAGAGAUGGAAAUGGGAAAAAGAUGAAUCUUCUUUUUGGUGAGAUGGUACGGUCCAUACGCCUACUCCGAAUGCAGCACUUUUGGGGUGCUGCCAAUGGGCACCCAAAACUGCUGUGCUACCCCCACUUCAACAUUCUGCACUCCUCUACUGAAAGACGCAGUGACAGUCAUUGGUAAACACAUCAUUUACAUUUAUUAUCUUUUAUUGGCAUUAAUAAAACUCUCUC